AUGGCAAUUCGUAAAGUUGUCUAUCAAUUGAUAGCAGCAUUAUGCUUAUAUUCGAAUGAAAGCGAAAAAGCAGUUCGAAAGCUUAUAACAUCAAAACAGAAUUAUAUUGAACAGUUCGUUCAUGGUGUGGUUAAAGACUUACAAAUCAGCAAUCAUCAGCUCAAUCACAACUGCCUACUCUUUAUUAAUUGCGUUAUAAAUAUUAUUACGGACGUCCGAGCCAGAAUUAUUCUGCGUAGCAAGAUCUGGUGUCAAAAUUUUUCACUAGUUAUAAGGCAAAUGAGAAAUCUUCAUGAACCAAAAUUAACAUUCCAAAUCAAUCAGUUUCUUAAAAAUUGGCAUGCCGAUGAAGAAGCAAUUGCUGAAAUGGAUGGUAUAGACUUGACUAAUCCAAUCCAAUUGAUCCACGCAGUUCUGGACAAGGCUCAUUGCCUUGGUAGUCGAGAGACUCUCCUAGCUCUAUUUCAAAAUUUACUCUUGCUCAUGGAUCAUUCUAACAUCGGCCUGAUUGAAAGCAUCUGGAAAUAUACAGAAAAAUUAUUAAUUGAAAAUGAUGGAGAGUCCAGCCAAUUUAAAGCGUACUUUCCAAACUCUCAGCAUACUUUAAUUGAUAACUGGACAGAGAGAGAUGUUCGAACCUCUAACAAAGAGAACCAUCAAAUUACUACAGUUACAUUAAAAAAGACUACACCUAUAGCUACAAUAACCCAUAUUACUACAACUAUCAUUCGUCCAUCAUUAUUAAGUAAAGAUAAACUUGCUACUGUCCAUUUAUCAGUGAAUCCUACCUAUAAAGAUGCUAGCAGUUUGCCCGAUAUCGAUCAUUUCGAUAUUCCCCAAUUACAUCUGCGGGAUAGAUGCGAUGAUAAUAAUAAUACUACUUCAUCUUGUACGUCUCGAAAGAUGCAAUGGCAGCCUAGAUACUGGAUUCAUUUACCAGCGGUAACUAAAAUCCAUCCACAAAGCAUUUGGAAUUUAAUCCAGAAUAAACCCCUACAGAGUCCAUUAACUAAUCCUGAUAGCGUAUUCAAUACUCAACUUAACGGUAAAAAGAAAGAAAUCACCUCAGGUUUUAAGCUAAAUAAGGCAGGAAGUCAAUUUUAUCAUCCAAUCAUUUUCGUAACAAAAAUAUUUUUACAUCAAUUGACGACUUGUUACAACAGCAAUACGGAAGAUGUUCUCCAGGCUAUUCGUUACGCCGAUAGGCAACAACUUCCAAUUCGCAUAUUUCAGCGACUUCAAAUGAUUAUGGAAGAACUUGAGCCGGAAAAGAAGUUAACGCUACGACUUACCAAUAAGCUAAGCCUGGGCUAUAUCGAUUUAUUUCUCUAUUCAGUAAUCAAUAUACCAAGCUAUUUAAACCGGAUCAAGUAUAUUAUUGCCGUAGAAGAGUGUGCAAAUUAUUUUGAAAAGUGGAAAAGCGCAUUGUCCUCAUAUAUAAAAAUUAUAGAAGAUUUGCUUGAGAGCCAGUCUUUGGUUGAAUUUAUGGAAGUUGUCCUAUUGGGAAAAUUUGCUAAAGGCUUUUCUCUGAAAGUGCUAAUUGCAUUAAUUAACACAACGAUGGAUAACUCAGAUCACCUGCUCAUUGAUUAUAUUGUCAAGCACAUCAUUGAUAGCCAAAGUCAUUGCUUGUCUUGGCUAGAUCUUCUACCUUCUCUGAAAAGUUGCAUCAAAUUGCCUUACUGCGAAAUUAAAUCUUCAAUAUUGACAUUGGAGUCUAAAUUACUGCUACUUCGAUGUGGUGCAGAAAUGGAGCUGAUACCGGAGAUUAAGACAAAAAUUAUUGAAUUCGUAGAAAAGUACAAAAGGGAGUCCAAUGCUAUUACGAUCAUGACUAAAACUAUGGAGAAGCAAUCGCAAAGAUUAGCACAUUAUUUCUGUGAGGACAAGCAGACUGUUGAUAUUGACGUUAUAUUACAACAGUUGUUUAUGAUGAUGGCAGCAGUGCAUGGAGCUACUGAGGAAAGUGUUGAGAAUGAGAAAAUAAAUAUAACACUAAGCUAUCCUUUAUUGGGCAGAAAACUACGCUCCAAAUUUAGUCUCGAAAAUCAGUCUAUGACGAAAAAGAAUCGAAAUAUCAUCGAUCAACUCUUGGAUAAAGUAUCUUAUCAAUUUCAGGAAAACCCAUACCCCUUAGUAAGGCGAACGAGUAAGCGAGAACAGGAGUUAAAAGCUCUCAUUGCUACAUAUCAAAUACCCCCUGAUGGAAACAAGAAGAAACUCAUUUAUAAAUCGAAAUCAUCUGAUGAGCUUAUACGACGUAGAUCAUCCUUCUUAAAGCCAGUUACUACAACAGAAAAACAUCCAAUAACGACGAGUUAUGAUUACGCAUAUGAAAAUGCUCAAAGCCUUCAAAAUAGUAAUAGUGACGGAGUUGAAUUGAUGCAGACCACAAAUGCUGAAGAAUGCUCGAGCAGAGAAAAUUAUGAUACGGAUAAUAAAUUGAAUGGGAGUGGAAAUGUAGAUAUUGCUAUUAAAAUCACUAAAGAUACCACCACCAACCAUGAAAUGCUACAGAAUAAAAGAGUAAGAAAGGAACGCGCUGAUUCCUUACAUGCUGGCAAUAACCAAUAUAUUCAACUAAAUCAAUGCUUCAAUAAUGGUACAUUAUGCUGCCAUCAAACAUUAAUGUUCGACGGAACAAGAAGUAAAUCAUUAGUUAAUUUAUUUUCGAAGCAAACUGAAAUUUCCAAUACAUUAAAUGGCGAUAAUGGAUUUAAAAGUAUCGAUGAGUUACGAAAACGAAAACUUAAUGCCACUAUCGUUUAG